UUUAGCCUCCUCUUCGUCGCUAUUGCUUGCGUUCUGGCUCAACAGAUCGAUGCUCAAUGGUAUGGUGGAUAUGCUGCUUAUCCCGGAUAUGCCGCAUACUCCUCAUACUACCCAUCUUAUGCCGGGUACUAUGGAGGACUCUACUCUGGUCUAAGCUACCCUGGAUACGCCUACUACGGAUGGGGAAGCAACAAGGGUGGAGCUCCUGAAGCCCCAGCCGUUGGUGGAUCACUCACCAACAAUGUUCGUCAGUGA